AUGCAAGAUAAUUCAACAACUAUUUGUUACAUCACAUCAUCAUUACCCAACUUAUUACUUUUAAACAUCAUCCAUCAAAUCGAUGAUAAUGUAGAUGUGAUAGGUCUGCUCAUAACAUGUAAAAAGUUAUACAAUAAUUUCAAAUCAACAACAAAUCAUAAAGUAGUCACUCAAAGAUUUGAAAGAUUGCUUAAGGUACCAUCUGAUGUAACAGCAGACCAAUCCAAGAGUGUGGAACUACUCCCAUGCAAUGGUUGCAAUUUCAAACUUGGAGAUGAUCAUCAGAUUCUUCUGUCACGUGACACCGCCACCACCUCACAAACAUCACUUGCCAUUCAAUGCAAGUGCAUUAUAAAUAGAGAUUAUACAUCUUUGAAAGAUUCACAAUAUCUUCAAUGUCAAUUUUCUGGUAUAACAUCUCUGACCAUCGAUCUUCAAUGCCUACCAUCUUCAGACUACUUUUCAUUGCUUACAAACCUUGUUUACCUUGACCUUCGAGUACGGUCUAUUAAUCUCAACUUGGAAGAUGAAAGACUGAAUCUUGGUAAUCUCUACUCAUUACAGAGUCUAAAGUUAUGGGUGAGUGGAUGGAACCGGUUUUUUCAACAGGGAUCAUCCUUCCCAUCAGGACCACAGGCCAAACUUAUCCUCCCACCCAAUCUAAAGUAUCUCAACUUUGAUGCUUACCAUCUCGCCCAAACCCUUCCACUAGGGUUGACAAGUUUAUCAAUGAUGUUUCACGCACAAGACUUUAAAGAAGUAUCAUUGUCACCUCUCUCUUGUUUGAAAACUCUAAAAAUAAUAUGUAUGGAAGGUCUACCUCUACCCGAUGAUUUUAUACCACCUACAGUCGAAAAUCUUAUAUUCGAUAAUGAAACUGGUGGUACCUAUUCUUUGGUUAGUGGAGUACCACCGACUAUCACUCAAAAAUAUUGA